AUGUCACUCACUAAAGUUAACCCGUACCCAGCGGCCGCCGCAGCGAUUGACAAGCAGGUCGUCGAAAAUAUCUUCCUUGACGACAUUGUCAGCCAUGACUACAGCCGCAACACCAAAAUGGCCCUACUAAUCUGCAUGAAGGCCUUGCACAACAAAAUCGAAGACGAUGAAGACUAUUGGGCUGAAGCGACAGGUGAUGAAGAAUGGGGAAAGGCUCAAAAGGAAGCAAUGCAGAAGUUAGGGAAAAAAUUAAAGGAUGAAUUCAGGGCCAAACGUGCCCGCCAAAAGGAAGAGGAGGAUGAGGAUGAGGCGGGGGAGGAACAAAAAGAAGAUGAAGAAGAAGAAGAAGACGAGGAAUCUGAAGAAGAAGAAGAAGAGGAAGAUUUUGAAGAGGAAUACGAUGACGAAGGGGAAGAGACGGAAGGAUCUGAGGAAUCCGAAGAAUCCGGUGAUGAAGAAUCCGAUGAUGGGAGCGACUGGGAUUCAUUAUUUUUGCUGGUGCACAACAUGCCCACCGAAAACGAUGAGCCAAAAUCCACCGCACGAAAGCGAAGUUUACCGCGGGACGGUACUCCCUGCCCUCCGCCAAGACCUCAACCCGCAAAACGACAGAAACUAGAUCCUUCAGCCGCUUCAAAAGCUCCCGUGGUCCAGGAUUCCGGAGAAGAGGAACCGAAACCAGUUACGAGAAAGAGACGUCUUAUCGCCCAGCAAGAUACAGAUACCCCUGCAACAGAAGUCCCGUUUCCUAAACGGCAAAGGAUAGACUCUCCGGCCGUGGUGGCGAAUCCGAACGACGAGGAUCGGGAGCAGGAACAGGCACAGGCACAGGCACAGGCACAGGAAGCCAAGUCCUCAGUCCCAUCAGAAUGGUUGGCGCCGCAUCGAGAGGAAUUAGAGAAUUCUCAACUCCCUGAAACUCUUCGAGCCAUCCUCGGACGCCUUCCUGUGAACGAACUACAUUAUGAGGCACAGUCAUUCCUCUUAAAUUUAAAGUACUUCGACACGACGGACGAUGCCCUAGCAAAGGCUGCCAUCGAUAUGGGCCUCAGGUUCUCAAAGACAGCCAAGAGCAGCGAGUACAAGAUUGUUUUUGAGUACAUAAUGAAGCACCCCAUACAGGCUGUCAUGUACAACGUGUGUAAGGAAGACGAGGCUCAGCACAUUCUCUUUUGGGAAAAGGUUCGGAAUGUCACUGGAAAAGAGAUACCACCAGAGCGUAUCAAGGAACGGCGUCAAAAACGUGCCAAAAGAGAGGCAGAGGCCAUGGCGAGAUUCAAUGCUCGUAAAGCAGCAGAGAAUGCCAAGAGAGAAUCACAGAUGCUCAAGGAAAAGUACGUCUCUCAAAUUGGCGAGGCAUCAAAGCUGCCGCUUAAGGAGAAGGUCGGCAGGUGGUUGGCUGAGAUUGUCAAGGCUGAGAAGAAACAAUAA